AUGCAGUCUGCGCUCGAUGGUUGCCCCGCCCGGAGCCCCCGCGGGAGCUCCUCCGAGUUUCCGCAGCAAUGCGCGGGUACUGCAUUCUCGAUGGCGGAAUUUAUCCCCUCCCCCGCCCCCGCUCCCGGCGCCUUCGCCCCCAUCGGCUCCCGUCCGCAAUCCCGCGGCCAGAAGCCUUCUUUCCCCCGCUCCGCUUCGCUGGGCGCUGGCGGAAAAUCCUCCUCCGGACCCCCCCCUGGGUCCAGCGCAGAGCGCAACCUCCGCAGGCGCUCGUCCGCGGCGGGGUCGGCGGGAGCGGUCCUCGGCGCACGAGUCGCGGCGGUGGCAGCGGCGGUGGCGGCGUCUGUGGCAGCGGAAAAUGCGGCUCCGCUGGUUGCUCUUAGGGCUGCUGACCUUUCCGCCACGGCGGAGGCAGCGGGGACUGCUGCGGAGGCGGCGGUGGCGGCAGCGGCGCAGCGCAUCGCAAAAGCGCGGGAGCUGAUGGAGCGGCUGCACCAGCCGACGGCGCACGAGUUGCGCCAGCAGCGGGAGGAGGCGGAACGGCGAGAGAAAGCGCGGGAAGAGAUGCUGGAGAGGCAGCGGAACGAGGAGCGGCGAAAACAGGAGCUGGUAACCCGCGCGGCGACGAUCAUCGCAACCGCGGGGAUGCCGGGCGCGCGGGAGUUCCGCGCGGAGCAGGAGCGGCGGGAGGAAGAACAGUGCGCGCAAGAACUGCGCGAGCAGGAGCGGCGGGAGGUGGAAGAGCAGCGGCAGAGGGAAGAGGAGGAGCGGCGCCAGCAGCUGAAAACCCGGGCGGCGACGAUUGUCGCUAAUGCGCCGUCGUGGGAAAAGCCGGAUAAUUCGGGCGUAAAUUUGAGGAAAUCGUCGCCGGUGCUGCUGCCGCGACGUCGCCCACUGACGCUACAGAUCGACGACGCGAUCGGCGAUUGUAGCGCUGUAACGGUCGCUUCCCCCGCGACAGGCUCCGCCAGGCCUCCGCGGCAAGGCGCGGGGGGAGCGGAACGCAGCCCGCGAUCAGCGCCGCUGGCGGCGGCGGCGUUCGCGUCCGCGCAAUCAGCGAUGGCGGGAGCGAAGUCCCCCGGAUCGAUCUCCCGGGGCGCGGCACGCUCGUUCGGGUCACCCUCACCCACGGCACUCCUUCCGCCCAAGUCUCCCGCUGCGCAGACCUGGGGCGCCGCGGAGCGCAGUUACACUACUGGUAGAAGCAGCGCGAUUCACGGCGGAAACACGACUACUACUACUAGCAGCAGCUCCAGCCGUAUCCCGAGGGCCUCGCGCGGCGCGUCGGUCAGAGAAAGGUCAACUAGGAGAGGCGACUCGAUGGAUUUCGCAAGUAGCGACCCCUUAGAAGCAGUGGAAGAGGACGAGUGGGGUCGCACGGGGAUGGAGAGGCGACGCGAGAGGAGGAGAGGAGGCAGCGAGGGGUGCGGGCUCACGUUGACAGAUGACUGGGCGGAGGGUCAUGAUGAUGAUGUUCCUGUAGCGAGAACGCUUGUACCGUGUGCGCUUGUACCGAGUACAAAUGGAGCGAGCUGGUGGGAGCGUGAAACUAGCUUGUCGGAUCUGCCUCUAGAUUCGACGUCAGUGGCAGUCAUGUCUCCCCGCCCGCCACACCACGCUUCCGCCGAGCUUCCCCUCGCGGGCAUGCCUCCGCCGAGCCUGGCGCUCUCGCCCCCCUGCCUGAUCGAUCUGCACGAUAGCCCUCCCUCCCCACUCCCUCUCUCCCCGUCUCCCCGCGCUCUUCCUCGCCACCCUUUCUCCCCUCACUCCCCCGUCCCCCGCUCCCCCUCCCAAGACGCUGCGAAAUUCUAUGGCGCAUCACCACUGCCUCCAGCCUUUCAGGGCGCGAGUAAAAAGAAGGAUGCUCUACCCCCCCUUUCCCCCACCCGCAUUCCCCCCCACGCCUUGGCCGCCAGCCCUGCCACCAAGGCUCGGUUCGCCUACCCCCGGAGCAAAAGCUCUGCCGAAGCAGAAGGGUUGACCAGGGAAGGCAAAUCUGCCGAACCUGAGGAUUCUCCAGGUUGGGAUAAUGUUGGUGAGGUGAACAGGGUGCAAUCCCUAGGCGAACGGGUUCGAGGUUCGGGCCGAGCCUGUGCUGCCGAGGCUGAGGAUGUGCCUAGUGGAGUAACCCGAGCCAAGACCGUGGAAGGCAGGAUUGAGGGAAGCGGAGGGGGAAGAGGGAGGGGAGGAGCAGCAGGAGGAGCGAGAGAAGUGAGGGGAGUGGGUGAGGGUGUGAGAAGAGGGGAAGUGCCGCAGAGAAGACCUGAGAAUCUGUUUCAUAGUAAAUCCAUGGAGUUAGGAUCAGGAGGUAUGGGAUGCAGCAAGCAGCAAGCAGAAGGAGCAUUAAACAGCCCGAGCAACCACAGCAGUCCGAGAAACCAGGGCAACCGGGGUAACCAGAGUAACUGGGAUAACCAGGAAAGUCCGGGCGGCACAGCGGGUGUGGGAGACGGGAAGGCAAGGUUAGGCUCUGAAAGAAUUGCAAGGAGAGGGCUUGUGAAGCAUGCUAGUGUUGCAGAGAAGGGGAGAAGGGUGGGGAGAGGCGGGCACAGGAGGGCUGUUUCCUGGGCAGUGUCGGGGGAAUUGAGGUUGGAAGGGAGGGAGGAUGGCGUGGGGAGUGAACUGUUCUCCAGUCGAUCACCCGCUGCCACCGCUGCUGGCGCUGCUGGCGGCAGAGGCGAGGUGGAAGCAAAGGCAGACGGGAGUGGCCGUUCCGAGCCGAUUCAAAUCCCUUCUGCUGCUGCUGCUGCUGCUGCUGCUGCUGCUGCUGCUGCUGCUGCUGCUGCUGCUGCUGCUGCUGCUGCUGGAGCCGACUCAGCCGCAGAAGCAGACGAGCGAGCCCAGUGGGAGGAGGCAGAGCUGCAAAUCCGCACGCGGUUCUUCAAGGCGAGCCGCAAGCGCCUCUUCAGCCUCGCAGCCAAGGGCCUCUCCUCCUUCUCCAAACUCCUUGCUGCCGCCAGUGCUGCUGCCGCUGGGGCUGCUGCUGGCAUGGGCGUGGGGGGUGUGGGGGUGAAUGUGCUGGGUGGGGAGUUUGGGGAGGUGGAGGAGCAGUAUGAGGUGGAGGGAGGGAAGGAGCUGGGCGCGGGGCAGUUUGGGGUGACACGAGUGGUGGUGUGUCGAAGCACUGGGAGGCGGCUCGCUUGCAAGACCAUCAACAAGGCCUCUUUCAAGUCCAAAUCCGACAUCGAGAACGUGCGCCGCGAAGUCGCCAUCCUGAACCUCCUCAAAUCCCACCCCAACGUAAUUCACCUAGAGGAACCCAUCGAAACCCCCCAAUCCAUCCACCUGGUGAUGGAGCUGUGUUCGGGCGGCGAGCUGUUUGAUAGAAUCAAGGAGCGGCGGCGGUACAGCGAGAGGGAGGCGGCGGCGGUGAUGCGGGCGGUGCUGGGCGUGCUGCAGAGCUGCCACCAGCGCCACCACGUGGUGCACCGCGACAUCAAGCCCGAAAACAUCCUCCUCGCCCACCCCUCCUCCCACACCGACGUGCGCGUUAUCGACUUCGGAGUCGCCGCGUUUCUCAAGCCCGGGGGGAAGAUGCUGACCGAUGCCGUCGGGUCGCUGUUCUACAUCGCCCCGGAGGUGCUUUCCGGGUCGUAUGGGACGCCGGCGGAUGUGUGGUCGGCGGGGGUUGUCCUGUAUGUGCUGCUGGCCGGCGUGCCGCCCUUUUGGGCGGAGACGGAGGCGGGGGUGGCGAGGGCGAUCAAGGAGGCGGGGGUGGGGUUUAAGGGGUCGGCGUGGAGGGGUGUUACGGAGGAGGGGAAAGAUUUGAUUCUCAAGAUGCUGGAUCGGGACCAGAAGCGGAGGGUGUCGGCACAAGAGGCUCUAGAGCAUCAGUGGUUCGGUUGCUUUCAAUAA